AUGGAACCCCAAGGACAGACCGGUCUGGUCGCGGAGCCUCCCGGCGAGCUCUCCCAUCAACAGCGUUUCUUCAACUACUUCCAGCACGAAAUAACCGCUCUUCAAGAUGAAAUGGACCGUCUCGCAGAGACUGCCCUCAUAGGUGGCGAGCGCUCGGAUGCCAUGGACCAUUGCCUUGCAGGCAUCACGCGACUAUCCGGCGAAGUCAAGGACGCUUCAGGCUACAUCCCGCCUUACGAUCAGAGAACCUACGGCGAGGCUAUCAAGGCUCUGCAAGAGAAGCUGGAAGAAACACGCAAAUCUCACGCACCGAAACCCAAGUUCUCUUUCAAGUCGAAGUCUCCCUCCGCCCUGUCUCUCAGCGAUGCUGCAGAGUUGGCGGCAGAGAAACGUCGAGGUGUACCAGGCUAUCUGUCGCCCUCGCCCAAUGCGUCGUUCGUCAAUACUCCUAGCUACAUCAACACCCCCGCCAACGAGAGGGUACAAGACGAGCAGGAGGAUUCAAUACCCGAGGGAAACGAGGAUGCCAGACAAGGAGGCAAAUCCGCCGUUACAACCGAGACCGAUCCAAAAGCAAAGUCGCCGCAAACUGACUCCGCCCCAGAAAGUGACCGCCCAUCUUUAUCCACGACUGCAACCUCAACCUCUAUCUCUAAUCAGUCCGGCACGCACAUCAUACUGCCCUCGUCGGCUCCGAACACGCGAACACCCUGCUCGCUCUCGAAGCUCAGUGGGUGUGUGGUCGAUCUAUCCGUACCCACGACCGCCACCGCACCCUUUGCAAGCAUAACCAUCACCUCCGUCUCGUCAUCCCUGAUACUUUGUGGUUCAGUCUCCGGUCCCGCGCACAUCACAGGUGUAAAAGGCAGCGUCCUUGUGCUGAAAUGCCGCCAAUUCCGUAUGCACGACUGUGAGAACGUGGAUGUCUACUUGCACUGCACUAGUCGACCAAUCAUUGAGAAUUGCAAGGGCAUAAGAUUUGCGGUGUUGCCUAAAUUCCACAGUGACCUCAUCUCCACGUCCCAAGAAGAUCCCUCCGCCGUGCCCAACCAAUGGGACCAGAUCGACGACUUCAAAUGGCUCUCGCUCGAUAAACCCAGUCCGAAUUGGUCGUUGUUGCCAGCUGAAGACAACAUACCAGAUGAGACCUGGCGAGAGAUUGUCCCAGGCGGACCUGGGUGGAGCGUUGGCGAUAUCCUCAAGGCUGUGGGCGUGGGCAGCUCUGCAGGCGGUAGUUGA